AGGGCCCCGAGCCCGCGCUCACGCCCGGCCGCGGCAGAGCUCCCCGGGAGCUGAGGGGGGCCGGACAGGCCCCUGUGGGGGCGAGGGGACAAGAACCCGACGCAGGUGCCUGGGCGGGGGCAGCAAGCGGCCGCUCGCCCUGGGGACUCCCCCUAGCGGGCAGCGCGCUCCCCGCACGCACCCCGCGGCAGCCCGGCCCGAGCCCCGCGGGAGAGGGCGAUGGGCGGAGCGGGGGCCCUGCCCAGCCGGCUGCCGCAGACAGAUCACUCGCCCGGCGCGCGGGCCGCCUGCACGGGAGGAGAUGAAAUUCCCAGGCUCCGUUCUCGUCUCCCUGCUCCUCUUCGUAGCCGAGACGGGCACCGCCCUGUACCUGAGCAGCACCUACCGCUCGGCGGGGGACCGCAUCUGGCAGGCGCUGACCCUGCUCUUCGCCCUCCUGUCCUGCGUGCUGGUGCAGUUCAACCUGGUCUUUAUCCACCGGGACCUGAGCCGGGACAGACCCCUGGUGCUGCUGCUGCACAUCCUGCAGCUGGGACCCAUUGUCAGGUGUGUGGAGGUCUUUUACAUUUACUUUCAUGCGGGGAGAUUUGAAGAGCCUUAUGUCAGCAUCACCAAGAAGAGGCAGAUGCCUAAAGAUGGACAUUCAGAAGAAGUUGAGAAGGAAGUGGGCCAGGCUGAAGGCAAACUGUUUACACAUAGAUCUGCAUUCAGCAGGGCAUCUGUGAUCCAGGCUUUCCUCGGCUCCGCGCCUCAGCUGACACUUCAGCUGUAUAUAUGUGUCCUGCAGCAGGAGAUCACAGCAGCUAGAAGCAUCUUCAUGGUCCUUUCUCUGCUGUCGAUUGUAUAUGGUGCAUUACGCUGCAACAUCCUCGCCAUUAAGAUUAAGUAUGAUGAUUAUGACGUCAGCGUGAAAGCUGCAGCCUACCUCUGCAUAUUCCUCUGGAGAAGCUUUGAGAUUGCCACCCGGGUUGUAGUCCUGGUCCUUUUCAGUUCUGUGCUUCAAAUCUGGGUCCUGCCUGUGGUGCUCCUGAAUUUCUUUGGCUUUUUCUUUUACCCCUGGAUUCUCUUUUGGCAAAGCAAGUCCCCUUUCCCUGAAAACAUAGAGAAGGCUUUGACCAGGGUGGGCACAACCAUUGUACUGUGCCUCCUCACCUUCUUGUAUGCUGGCAUUAACAUGUUCUGCUGGUCAGCAGUGCAGCUGAAGCUAAAUGAUCCUGACUUAAUUAACAAAUCCCAAAAUUGGUACCGACUGGCUGUAUAUUAUAUGCUAAGGUUCAUUGAGAAUGCCUUCCUCCUCUUGCUGUGGUAUGUCUAUAAAACAGACGUCUACCUGUAUGUGUGUGCCCCUUUAUUAGUCUUGCAGCUGCUGAUUGGCUAUUGCAUGGCCAUCCUGUUCAUGCUGGUGUUCUACCAAUUCUGCCACCCAUGCAAAAAGCUCUUCUCGUCCAGUAUUUCAGAAGGUUUGCUGUCGUGUUUCAAGUACCUCUGCUUUGCUUGCAAACUGCCUAAGGCCGCCGCGCCUGUGGAUAAGGCAGACUUGAAAUCACCAGAUGGUAUUGGUGAUGAUGCACAGGCCAGUUACAAGACAAAUGAGUCUCAGAAUGGGAAUCCGCAUCAGAGUGUUUCUUCCAAUGCGUAAAGUGGCUAGUGGCAAGCAGGCAGAACUGGAAAGCUACUGCACGCUUACCCAAAGCAUUGUGUACCUUGGACUCUGAGCCUUGUUAAUUUUUCUGCCAGUGCAGCUGUACUGCAUGGGUACUCUGACAUGCAUAUGGCACACUUGACACAUGUACACAUACAGCAACCACUGUCUGUGGAUUUAUAUUACAUGGUGAUUCCACACAGAGGUUUAUCAUCUGCUUAGUCUGAAAUCCCUACAGGAGACAUCUUUAAAUUGUAGCAAAAUAGACCUGACCCUGGUCUGGUUCAUUCAGGAGGUCUGAGGAGAAUGAGAAGACCUAGGAAAUGCAAUAUGUAGAGAAUGUCAUGAGAGCAGGCCACUUCAGCAUGGAAGCUGAGCAUGGUACUGGACUACCUAGUAAUUGUAGAUGAUUAGCUGUGGUCUAGCUGGUUUUCUGCUUUUCAGAUAAUCAGCUCUUACAUCCUGACUGGUGCAAUACCAUACCACAGGCUUUUGUGACAUCAGGAUUGGACUGCUGCAAGGCAUUCUAUACUAGGCUGCCUACGACGCAGGCCAGUUCCCUACUGCUGGUAUUGGAGCAUGAUUAUUUCUGAGACUGGCCAGAGGGCAUUAGGCUGAUGCACUCUUUCACUGUCUGCAUUUGCUGCUGCUUGGUUUGUAGAUCGAGUUUAAAGUAUUCACUGUAAUGUUUAAAGCCUUGAAUGGACGGGGUGUCGUGUACAUUACCAAACGCCCAACACAAUAUCUCUAACUAGAGGCAGAGCCAUAUCAAUCGGUCGUAUAGCAGCAGAAGAAAUUCAGCCCAUCUUUUUUAUUUAAUGUUAUGUUUUGGUUAUCACAGCAUCAGUAUUUUGGACUACCUUGCCCUGUUGGCUUCAGAAGUGCCAGAGAUUUGGGUCCUUUUAAAAGAGGAGCUUAAAGACUUUUUCGCACAACAUCACCUUGAUUAAUCAAAAUGAUUUGUGUGCUUCAUAAGGUGCUGAGAACACUUUGGCAGCUGGGCACCCCAGAAAGACAGUUUAUUCGGAGCAUUUUAAAAAGAGGUUUGUUUUGUUUUAAAAUGCAAUCCAUGGACUGCAAGUCUGAAGAAUGUAUUCACUUAUUCAGCCUUUCAUGUUUGAUUCAGCGCCUUGUGUUUGUCCUGAGCCUAACACACUGUGGGUGGCACUGGAAACAAAUGACAGGAAUUCAUUAAUUGGAAUUCCUUUUACCAUUCAUUGGCUAAGUCUCUAUUCUGCUUUAAAGUAGACCGUGACGUCCUUGAAAGAAACAAUGAUGUCAAUGCACCUGUAUCAGAAUUGUCAUGAGAUGGGAGUAGGGACAGAGACAUGGCAAGUUGCACUUGCACCUAGAAUGCUGCAAGAGUCUGAGCUCUUUUUAUUACUGGAUGUUUUCAUGCUGCAGUUGUACAGUGUAGCUAUUAUUUUUUUCUUUGGUCUGUGUGUGUGUGUGUGUCAUAUAUAUAUUGAAUACCUCAUUACAUUAUGAGGUGGGAUAGUGUAAAGGCUUUCUUGGCAUGAGUUUGGCAUGGGCACAUGACUCACAUGUGGGCUUGACACCUACUCUGUAAAUGAGUCCACUUCCCCAGGUAGGUUUUGAAUAAGUUCUUGGGGAGACUGCAAUAUUUCUGUGUAAAGAAAAAACAUUCUAGAUCAUUUGCAGAAGUUUCUUAAACAAUGAGUUAGAGGAACAGAUGGUGGAAGCUGUAAUUGUCUUCAAAGGAGCUACACUGAUUUACACCAGCUAAGAAUAUAGUGCAGAAUUUUUUUUCUUGGUCCAAGCCUGUACAGUUGGACACACAGGGAUGUAUUUUCCAACUUGCAGUAGAACCUCAGAGUUAUGAACACCAGAAGUGACCAGUUAAACACACCUUAUUUGGAACUGGAAGUAAGCAAUCAGGCAGCAGCAGAGACCAAAAGAAAAAGAAAAAAGUAAAUACAAUACAGUACUGGGUUAAACAUAAACUACAAAAAAAAAUUAAGGAAAA